AUGGAUAAGAUCCUGCUGUGGAGUCUCCUAUUGACUUUUUCUGGAAGUCGAGCUUCAAGCCCCUUGGUUCAAAGAAAUACUGAAUUUGUAGUGGAUCUUUAUCAAGCUGUUGGUUUAUCUCAUAAGAACAACAUCAUAAUUUCACCUCUUGGAACAACUUUGGCCCUUGGAAUGAUACAACUGGGAGCAAAAGGAAAAGCACAACAGCAGAUAAGACAAACUUUAAAAUUUCAGGAAACCUCAACUGGAGAAGAAUUUUCUGAGCUGAAGUCAUUUUUCUCUGCCAUCUCAGAGAAAAAACAAGAAUUUACAUUUAAUCUUGCCAAUGCCCUCUACCUUCAAGAAGGAUUCACUGUGAAAGAACAGUAUCUCCAUGGCAACAAGGAAUUUUUUCAGAGUGCCAUAAAACUGGUGGAUUUUCAGAAUGCAAAGGCUUGUGCAGAGACAAUAAGUACCUGGGUAGAAAGCAAAACAGAUGGAAAAAUUAAAGACAUGUUUUCAGGGGAAGAAUUUGGUCCUCUGACUCGGCUUGUUCUGGUGAAUGCUAUUUAUUUCAAAGGGGAUUGGAAACAGAAAUUCAACAAAGAAGACACACAACUGAUGAAUUUCACUCUGAAAGAUGGCACAGCAGUCAAAAUUCCAAUGAUGAAGGCUCUUCUGAGAACGAAAUACGGUUAUUUUUCUGAAUCCUCCAUAAACUACCAGGUUUUGGAAUUACCUUAUAAAGGUGAUGAGUUUAGUUUAAUUAUCAUACUUCCUGCAGAACACAUGAACAUAGAAGAAAUGGAAAAGCUAAUUACUGCUCAUCAAAUCCUGCAAUGGUUCUCUGAGAUGCAAGAACAGGAAGUGGAAAUAAGCCUUCCUAGAUUUAAAGUAGAACAAAAAUUAGACUUCAAAGAAGCUUUGUAUUCAUUGAAUAUAACUGAGAUAUUUAGUGGUGGCUGUGACCUUUCUGGAAUAACAGAUUCUUCUGAGGUGUAUGUUUCCCGAGUCAUGCAACAAGUUUUCUUUGAGAUAAAUGAAGAAGGCAGUGAAGUUGCAACAUCAACUGGCAUAAACACACCUGUGAUCAUGAAUCUGUCACGGAAUCAAUUUAUAGCAAAUCAUCCAUUUCUGUUUAUUAUGAAGAAUAACCCAACAGAUUCAAUUUUGCUUAUGGGAAGGGUGACAAAUCCUGACACCCAUGCGAUGAAGGGAAGAGAUUUAGAUUCACUGUGA